AUGCAACUCCAAACACUUCACAUCAAGAUACAUGUAUCUGUUCUAGACAUCGACGACUGUGCGGCGAACCCUUGUGUGCAUGGCACGUGCCAAGACGGGCUGAAUAAGUUCACGUGCACCUGUGUCCAGGGCUACGACGGACCCACAUGUGAUCACAAUGUGAAUGACUGCAAUCCGUCGCUCUGUAGUAAUGGUGGCACGUGUAUCGACCUCGUGAACGCGCACAUGUGCGUGUGCGCCGCAGGUUUCACCGGCUUAAACUGUGCAAUCAAUAUUAACGAGUGCCUAUCCAAUCCCUGUCUAAAUGGGGCUACAUGUACUGAUGGUAUCAAUAGUUACACGUGCGCAUGUGCAGCAGGAUACACGGGCCAGAAAUGCCAUCUGGUCGACAGUGAUGAUUGUCAGGCGAACACUUGCGAGAAUGGCGGUACUUGUCUGGGUACCCCGGGCGCCCAUGUGUGUAAAUGUGGCAACGCCUGGGCAGGACCGGCAUGUACAGAUGUAGACGAUUGCGCAUCCUCGCCCUGCGAUAAAGGCGCCACGUGUAAGGACGGGUUUAACGCGUAUACGUGUCAGUGUGCGCCAGGCUACCAUGGCGACAAGUGCCGCGCAGAAAUCAACGAAUGUCUUUCGUCGCCAUGUGUAAACGGAGGCACGUGUUAUGAUGACGUCAACAAGUACACGUGCACCUGCCCUCCCGGAUAUGCCGGGACACGCUGUGAAAUCGACGUUAAUGAGUGCGUUUCCCUACCCUGCGUUCACGGAAGUACCUGUCACGACCUGGUUAACGGCUUCCUGUGUGUCUGUCCAACAGGAUUUACCGGACAUACCUGCCAAAAAAAUAUUGACGAUUGUGUGCCGAGCGCUUGUGAGAACGGCGGCACAUGCUUGGACGGAAUGAACACGUUCUCGUGUCUGUGCGCGAAUGGCUGGAGAGGGAAGCGAUGCCAAAACAGAACACAGACGAGUCCAUGUGCGUCUUUGUCAUGCAGAAAUGGAGGACAAUGUGUCACUAGCGACACAGCAGCUCACUGUGUGUGCGCGGAUGGCUAUACAGGAGCUUCUUGUGAAGCAGAUAUCGAUACGUGCCAGCCCGACCCCUGUCAAAACGGAGCUACAUGUACAACGGUCGGACACGAUUACACGUGCGCCUGUAUGCCAGGCUAUCAAGGCAAAAACUGCGAGAUAGACGUGAACGAGUGCUCGACGUCGCCUUGUAAGAACGGCGGCACGUGUGUGGACGACAUUAACAAGUUCACGUGCACCUGCCCCCCAGGCUACACUGGACCCUUGUGCCAGAUAGACAUAGACGAGUGUGAAAGCAUGCCUUGCCGGCACGAGGGUAAAUGCACGGAUUCCGUAAACAAGUACACAUGCACCUGCAAGCAGGGGACCGCGGGACCCAACUGUGAACACGAGUUUAACGUGUGUGCUAGCAAUCCGUGUAGGACCGGUGCCACAUGCGUUCCUUAUCAAAACACCUUCAAGUGCCUCUGUCCCAGCGGCUGGGUGGGAGACCGCUGCCUCUACCAGGCGGAAACGAACGAGUGUAGCUCGAAUCCCUGUCAGAACGGUGCAAGUUGUCAUGACGACGUUAACGACUAUCUAUGCAUCUGCACUUCCGGCUGGACAGGAAAAGACUGCCACGUUGCAAAGGACGAGUGCACACCAAACCCAUGUUUGCACAGCGCCACGUGCACAGAUCAUCACAAUAAUUACACGUGCACAUGCCCUCCGGGAUAUACAGGCAGAAACUGUCAGAAAGACAUAGAUGACUGCAGCUCAAACCCUUGCAAGAACGGGGGCAGCUGUCUGGACCUGGUGGACAAUUUCCAGUGUCUCUGCACGCCUCAAUACACAGGAUACACGUGUCAACUACCGCGACAGGACCUCAUCCAAUUGCGAUUGGACCCCACCCAUCAACAGAUAAAAACACUAACCGAUAGUAAUCCUCCAACGUUCCUGGACAACGGUCUCCCGGAAGUGGUACGUUGCCAAGUGAAUACCACGUGUCAAGUAGCCCUAGAGGUGAAAGGCAAGUCCGGACUCCCUCCUUCAGUCAAGCCGGGCCGACAAUCCCCUGGUUUAAGGGUUCAGGGUAUCGAUAUCGGGGAGAGGAACCCGCCUGUCUGUAACUGUAGCAUGUGCGUCUACAUCACCAGCAUCCACUACCAGCCGACCGCCAUUGGCACGUUCAACUGCUGUGUUCAGACACUGGACUACAGCGGAGUAAACGCAGACGAACUAUGCUUUCAAAUUGAAUCUUUCCCAGCGGUGCCCGGGAACCCACCUGGAAUGCCGGGCACUUCCGGUGGCCACUUUCUGUCGCCGCCCCACAACUCCACCAUGUCGUGUGCCGCCAGUCGUCCGUGUUCCUUCAUCAUUGAGACUCACAAACAGUCGGGACAGGCUUGCGCGGACCUACACGAUACUGGAGACGGAGGUAGAGUGCAGGUGAUCAAGAUGGCGCCGGACGGUCAGGUGGGCACGUGCAAGUACGAGGUUGCGUUCACACCCCCGAGCUCUCAGACCGGACAACACACCAUUUGCGUGCAAUCAGAAACCAAUCCAGACGACACGCUAUGUACUAAGGUCAACGUCAAGUCGUCUUCUGAAAUAGAAACGUCCAUGAGCCAGUGCAGCGCCGUUCACUGUGAGCACGGGUUCUGCGACUCCUCAAAUUCGCCCGCCACGUGCAGAUGUCGACCCGGUUACCAUGGAACAUUGUGCAAGAUAGCAAGCAACUGUUCCAUAGGAUCCAUACCGAAGUCUGUCAAGUGUACAAAGGGGGAAGAGUGUAGCGUCCGCUUUAUUAUAACCGGCAGCGUUGACGUUCCGGCGGUGACGCCAAUUGGGGACGUGUUGACGGUGAAAGUGACGCCUGACAACAAUGACGUCUUUACGUACUACACGACGGUGCACGUACUGAGACCCGCCAAUACGCCACGUGUCUGUCUGAACAUCACUGUGGCCGACAGGAACAGACUUGGAAAGUGUGCCACAUCUACUUGUAUACAAAUAUCAUACAGUCAAGUAUCCACUUCUGCACCGAAUAGCUUCCCUUCCGCCCCGCCGGUGUUUGACUGUAAAGCCGGGACUGACGAGUGCCCACCGGUGCUUCUCACAAGCCAGCCUGACCCGGAUGGAUCAUGCCCUCUGCUGUCCGUUCACCCUGAGUCCACUGUGGAGAACGUGCACCUGUCUGAUAGCCAGGCGGUGGACGGCCGCUGCCUCACUACCGCCGUCUUCAGACCCGGAAGUGGCGGCGGACACGAGCAAUUGUGUGUCACCACCGGGAGCGAUGUAGCUUGUCUAGCAACAGACGGCGGGAACGAGCCAUGUACUUCCGGACAACCCACAAAAGUGCGGGAAAAGGCACGGAAGCGAGUUAAGGAAGGCUACGUUAGUUGCAAGUGUCUGGUAGACGACAAGGAAGUUGAUAUAAUACAGAAGAAGCCCGUCCCCCAGCCUCGCCACAUGGUCAAGGCGGCGAGUUUCGGUGCUGGUGGAAUGGCGGGAACCAUGGUCGUCGGCGUCAUUAUGUAUCUUAUCAUUUCGCGAUUCCGAAAGCCACCGGAUGCUGAUGAUCUGGUGGGCAUGCCUUCUGUCCGGCAGGUGUCGGUACGCCCUGGCUCAUCCAAACCUCCUCUGUCCCCGUCCCCGAAGUUUGCCCGCGCGUCGUCCCCGCCUCAUCGGAUACACCCACUCCUGAGGAGACAACAGGAUAACCUUCGGCCGAUGCCAAAAAGCAUGGACUUCUGAGGAUCAAUGUAGAACAAUGAACUAUAUAGUGAUUUUGAACCUUUACAAAUAAUAUAUAUAUGUAUAUAUCUGAAUAAAGCAUACUAUUGCACAUCA